GCAAGCGGAAGAGUUGGUGUGGGGGAGCGAUAGUUCAAACUUAGACCUGUUCCCAAAUCGUCGAAUUGUCUUACAGAGUGCUCGCGCUGGGAGCUGGCUGAGAAGCCAUCGGUCGCUCGUCCAGAAAGCAUGAGAUUCUCCAUGUUGAUUUCUCUAAUCAGGCCGAUCGGGCCAAUUAUUGUCGGCAUCUCUCUGGGCUUCACUCUUAGUCUCCUUAGCGUUACCUGGGUAGAUGAAUCCUGCGGUGCGGACGAGAUAGGAGCCGCCGAAGAGGUGUUGCCACAACCGGGCAGUUUGAAAGGGGCUCGGAAGCCUAGUUCGAUAUCAGCCGGGACCACCGAGAACGGGAACGUCGAAGAGGAAUUUGAACCAAAAAUUGUGCCUUAUAAUAAGCCAGCUCAACCGAGCCCGCCUAAGAAAGUUUUCAGGGCCAAAUACGUUAGCACAGAGCUGGGAAUCAGGGAGCGUCUUUUCGUGGGGGUCAUCUCUUCGAAGAGCACCCUGAACACGAUGGCAGUGGCCGUCAACCGGACCCUGAACCACCACCUGGACGGGAGACUCACCUUCUUCACCGGCACGCGGAUACGCAAGGCCCCGCACGGAAUGUUCGUGGUCGCCCACGGCGACGACCAGCCGGUGCUUAACAUGUUCCAGACGGUGCGUUACCUGCUGGAGCACCACGUCAGCGACUACGACUGGUUCUACCUCGUCCAGGACGAUACCUACACCCAACCGGACCGGCUGAAGACCCUGGCGGGUCACCUCAGCAUGGGUCUCCACCUCUACAUGGGCCGGCCGGAGGAGUUCAUCGGCGGCGAGGCCCAGGGGAAGUUCUGUCACGGCGGGGCGGGCGUCGUGCUCUCCCGUGCCUUGCUGCUGCGACUCCAGCCCUUCCUGGAGCAAUGCAGGGCCGAUAUCGUCAGCGUGAGACCUGACGAGUGGCUAGGACGCUGCAUAAUCGAUUACGCCGACGUCAGCUGUAUGGAGGAGUAUGAGGGCCUGCAGUUCAAUCAUUUUAAGAUCGAGCCAAGUGUGGAUGUGAGCCAGGAGGGGAGUCGAGACUUCCAGGAUGCCCUCACCGUCUACCCCGUCACCAGCCCUGAACAGAUGUAUCGCCUCCACAAACGCUUCACCCACAUAGAACUUCAGAGGACCUACCGGGAGAUUGAGAAACUACAGGCAGAGAUCAGGAAUGUGAGUGAGGUUGCGGCGGAUGGGAACAGGAGUGCUCUUUGGCCCGUGGGCAUACCUCCUCCCUUCGAGCCCAAAAGCCGCUUCGAAGUCCUUCGUUGGGAUUACUUCACCGAAGACACGCUCUUCUCCUGCGUCGACGGAUCCCCCAAGUGCCCCCUCCUGGGAGCGGACCGCGACGACGUCACCGACGUCAUCAAGGCCGCGGUUGAUGAGCUGAACAGCAAGUACUCUCCCGUGCUCCAGCUGAGCGACCCGCGGCUUGUCAACGGCUACAGGAGGUUCGACCCGACCCGCGGGAUGGAGUACACGUUGGACUUGCAGCUGAAUGCGGUCACGGAGUCGGGCCAUGGGCGUGCCAUCGCCAAGCGGGUCCACCUGGUGCGCCCCCUCAGCCAGAUCGAGAUCAUCCCCAUGCCCUACGUCACGGAAGCGACCAGGGUGCACGUGGUUCUGUUGGUGAACAGCGCUGACCGGACCGUGGCGCUACGCUUCUUGGAGCACUACGCUGCUAACCUGUUCGAGAUGGGAGAAAACGCGGUUCUGACUUUCCUGUUCACCUACGACCCGGUGGAAGCGCAGCAGGUGGGCAAGAACGACGUGUUUGCCGAGAUCAAGGCCAAGAUCGCCGCCUACGAGCGCAAGUACCCCAACGUCAAGGUACCCUGGAUCAGCGUGAAGACGGAGAGCCCCGGUGUGGUGCGCGUGUUGGACAUCAUCUCUCGCAAACACCCGGUGGACACGCUUUUCCUGCUGGUCACGCCGGACACCGUGCUCAACACCGAGUUCCUCAACCGUUGCCGCAUGAAUGCCAUCAGCGGUUGGCAGGCCUUCUUCCCCAUCCACUUUCAGGAUUUCAACCCCGAGGUGGCCUACCACGACCAGGCACCUCCCGCCACUCCCGACCUGAUCCGUGAGGCCGGCCACUUCGACCGGAAUUCGUUCGAGGAGGCGUGCUUCUACAACGCCGACUACAUGGCCGCCCGAAACAGGAUGUCGGCCGACGCGCAGGAGAACGAGGACCUGCUGGAGAGCCUGGACGUGUACGACGUGUUUGUGCGUUACUCGGGUCUGCACGUGUUUCGCGCCGUGGAACCUGCACUGCAUCAACGCUAUCGCAACCGGACCUGCGAUCCUCGCCUGAGCGAAGACGCUUUCCACAGGUGCGUCCAAAGCACUCUGGAGGGGCUAGGCUCCCGCUCUCAAUUAGCCAUGCUGAUGUUCGAGCAGGAGCAAGGAAACAGCACCUGA